GCGGAUCUACACGGUAGGCUAUCUAGGCUCAAGCCUAGACAACUUUUUGGCCAAAAAACGACAAAGUAUAUAUAUAUCUAUUAAUCUAUCUGACUUCAGCCCAUACUCAAAGAAAAAAAAAAAAAAAAAAAGAAUAGAGAGGUAAGAGGUUUCUCCGCGUUCUCCCCCAGCCACAUCUUCGAGAGUUUGAGACGUCAUCACGUCAAGCAGUCCUCUGACUCCUCAGUCCUCUCAUCUCUUCGCGAUUCGCCUCCACUGGUCCUCCCCUAUUUUGCACAGAUCGGAAAUAUCAGAGACUCAGAGUAUCAGGUGAUUCAGGUGAUCAGGUCUGCCUUUUCUUCUCCAAUCUCCACCUCUCCCUUCCAUUGCCCGAUCUAAUGCCCAACAGCCCAACAGCCCAAGAUUUGCAGAGAUUCUUGGCUUCUUGCAGAGUUGUAGACUGGAGUGACCGAAGAGUUGGUUACUUGGCUGAUUGCCUGGGUUUCUGGAAGAGUUCUGGACUUCUGGCCUUCCAUGGCUCCAUGAAUUGUUUUUUUUUAAUAAUGCUACUGUGGAGACAGACAAUCCUGAUCUGAGAGAUCGUGCAUACAUAUAUUGGCGCCUUCUAUCAACUGAUCCUGAGGUAUUGAAUAUAAUGACAGAUCACCGGAAACCCAAGAGGUACAAAAAUCUUUUGUCAUGGUUUACAAGUGGUGCUCCAUCAAGUGAUAGUGUCGAUGAGAUUAGAAGUGGGAGUGGGAGUGGGAGUGGGAGUGGGAGUAGAAAUGUGACUGAGAAAUCUGUUAAUGAUGUCCCUUUAAACCCUUCACCAUCUAUUCCACUAGAAGAGUGUCAUAAUGAAAGAAUUGAGAGAGAAGAAAGUUUUGAUGUUAGUUCUCUUGAACGUGAUCCAGGAAUAAGGCGUCCAAUAUGCAAGUACCCUUUGAAUGAGCGUGACAAUAUUCGAAGAGCUUAUGUGGUCUUAGGACCGUAUCAACCUCACUUAAGUUUUUACCCAUUAUCAUUUGACGGAGGUCAAGGUCGAAAAUUUAAUCCUAAGUGGUUCAAAGAAUGGCCGUGGCUUGAGUAUUCCGCAGAGUUGGACAAAGCAUUUUGCUUUCCUUGUUUCUUGUUUGAUAGUUUCCCAUCUCAUCAUCCAGCAUUUACUGAGCAUGGGUUUCAAGGUUGGAAGAAUGUUAUGUCAAAAAAAUCUGGCAUUGUCUAUCACGUGGGAGGCAUAAAUUCCCCACAUAAUAUUGCCAUGCACAAGUGGGAGUCACUAAGAAACCCAUCUAAGCAUAUUGAAAGAGUGAUUAGCACACAAUCAUCACAAGAAGUAGCAGACAACCGACUCCGGCUUAUUACUACUAUAGAGAGUGUAAGGUUGUUGGCACGCCAAGGUUGUGCUUUUAGAGGCCAUGAUGAAUCGGUUAAUUCAUCCAAUGGUGGCAAUUUCAAUGCGGUUGUGGAUUCCUUUGGAAGAAUGAAUAUGGAUGUUCGCAGAGUCUUACAAAAUGCUCCUGGUAAUGCCAAAUAUAUUUCUCCCCUUAUUCAAAAACAAUUUCUAAAUAUACUUGGUAACAAAGUUAGAACCAAGAUUCGGGAGGAAGUGGGAGAUGCCAAAUUUUGUAUCCUUGUUGAUGAAGCUGUUGAUGUAUCUAAUAGGGAACAAAUGUCUAUCAUUCUUCGAUUUGUUGAUUGUGAUGGGUUUAUUAGAGAACGGUUUUUCAAAGUGCUUAGUGUGGCAGACACUUGUUCUCAAACUCUAAAAGAUGAGAUAUCUAAAGUCCUUACUCAAUAUGAUCUUCAAGUAGAAAAUAUGCGUGGGCAAGGCUAUGAUGGUGCUAGCAACAUGCGGGGUGAAUUUAAUGGUUUGCAAGCUUUGUUUCGUCAAGAGUGUCCAUAUGCAUAUUAUGUUCAUUGUUUUGCUCAUCGCUUACAAUUGACUUUAAAUGCUGCAGCUAAAGGGGUGCAUGAUAUUUGGGAAUUCUUUUCAACUCUAAGUUUGAUUGUAAAUUUUGUUGAUUCUUCUGCAAAAAGACAUUCAGCUUUGAGAGUUAUUAGAGAAGAAGAAAUUGCAAAUUUAGUGGCUGCUGGAGCACUUGAGACUGGUAGAGGUGCUAAUCAGACUUGCACUUUGCAACGAGCAGGGGCUACUCGUUGGGGUUCACAUCUUCGCUCUAUUUCAAGUUUGAUUAAGUUAUUUGGAGCUACCCAAACAACUCUUGCAAAUUUGGUUGCAGAUGGACCAAAUAAAGUACAAGGAGAAGCAAAGAGUGUAGGUAAUGCAAUGAAGCGUUUUGAUUUUGUGUUUUGCUUGCUUUUGAUGCAUGAUGUCAUGAAGAUUACUGAUUUUCUUUGUCAGUCAUUGCAAAAAAAAGCCAUAGACAUAUUGAAUGCUCUCAAUUUUCUUUCAAUAACAAAAUCAAAACUUCAAGAUAUGAGAGAAGAUGGUUGGGAUGAUUUGAUUAUGAGGGUUGAAACAUUUUGUUGUGAGCAUGAUAUUAUUAUGCCAGAUAUGUCUGCUCCUUAUAAGAAAAGUAUAAGGGCUUGUGAACAAAAUAUUACAAAUGAGCAUUAUUAUCGGGUCAAUAUACUUAAUGCUGUGAUAGACUUUCAAUUGGCAGAGUUGGAUAGUAGAUUUACAGAUAAUUCGUUGGAGCUCCUUAUUCUUAGUGCUACAUUUGAUCCACGCGAUAAUUUUCGAUCAUUUAAAUGUGAAGAUGCUUGCAAUCUUGCUUUGAGGUUUUAUCCUCAAGAUUUUACUUCAUAUGAUAUGCUUGCUCUAGAUGUGGAGUGUGGGUAUUUUGUAGCUGGUAUUCAGAAGGAUCCAAGAUUUGCCAACACAACUACUGUGUCUGAUUUGUGUCGGCGGUUAGUUGAAUCAAGAAAGUCAGCAUUCUUUCCUAUGAUUUAUAGAUUGAUUUGUCUUGUGCUGACUCUGCCAGUUUCUACAGCAACAACAGAGAGAGCAUUUUCAUCUAUGACCAUCAUAAAAAACAAACUUCGAAAUAAGAUGGAAGAUGAGUUUUUUGAUGAUUUGAUGGUUCUCUACAUCGAAAAAGAAUUUGCCGAUAGCAUUGAUAAUGAUUCUGUGAUUGCUGAGUUUGAACUCAGUGGGUCUAGGAGGGUACGAUUUAGUUAGUUUAGUGUUAUUUUACAACAAAUGUAUGCUUGUAGUUUUUAAUUUACGGGGUUUGGUUUUAUGUCCCCUCCGUUGUAUGUUUUGAUCCAAAAUAAUAAAAGCGU